AUGCAUGCCCUCCUCCUCGUCUUAAUCGCGGAUGUCCUCGCAGGAGUGGCAGCCAAGCGCCGCAUAUCCGAAGUAACGAAGAGUCGAUCUUGCCAGAGCUGUCCGGAGAUGGUUUCUAUGGAGAAGCAUGUGGGAAUGGAAUGGGAGAUCUUUCCACCGCAUCCAAUGCCAGCGGUUGAGGUUGCCAUGGUUUGCCACCCCAACCCCGAGAUCGAAUGGGGCCCUGACGCAUCCAAACAGGUGGAUGCGGCCCUUGCUGACGAGGACUGCGGUGUAGAGGCCCCGGACGGCCUCAGCUCUCAGGACCGACAGAACUGUCAGGAGCAGUACAAGGAGCAGUCCCAGAGAGCGAGCUGGCUUGGUCUUCCAGUCGCCUUCCUUCAGCAGAUGGCGGUUUGUGGCCGCUGUGCCGUGUGCAAUGCAUUCGCGAAGGUGCAGAAGCUGUGGCAGCAGCUGAAGUCUGCCAUGAAGAAGGUGGCAAGCAAACUUCGCUCUAUCAAGCGAAAGCUUUUCGGAUACGCCUACGCAUCUGAAUCUGUGCGGUUGAAGAUGAAGGAGCGCAUUGACGGCUACUUUCCACAGAAUGGGAAUGGCUCCAGUUCCAGCGCUUUGCAACUCUCCCAGGACACAGAACUGGGGCAGCUGGAAGAUGCCGAUGAGACGCAGCAGAUGCAGCACGAGCGGUUGGUGGAGGAGCAUCUCACCGUGCAUCUCCAAAGUAAAUCAGCGACAGAGGUGGAGCAGCAUCUUAUUUUGCUGCAGGGGAAGUUGGAGGAGAUGGAGCGAAGUGAAGAGGAACUUUUUCGCUCGACCCGGCGGGAGUUUAUGGCAAAUGUCGCUGCAAACCAGCAUAAGAUUGAGGAGCAACUUCCAAUUGCUUUGAACAACGAAGAUUGCCAGAAGGUCAUGCGAGCAUCUUUGGAAUCCAAAGUCCUCGAACUGAGUCUGUACAUCAGUUUCCCGGACAUCGUGAAUGCAGUUUUGCUUGCAGUUGUGGGCAAUUUCAUCGGUGCUCUACACGCAUUGGUGCCCGAGAUCUCCAUUGUGGCAAUUCCCAGAGGAGGCAAGGCCGAAGACCUUCAUGUGGAGCGCUGCACGGAGGCCAUCAGAGAUGCGCGACGGCCGUUCUUGGAUGCCUGCACGCACGAGCAGCCACUUGUGGCCUGUACAGCCAGAACGUUCCAGCGGCUCAUGCAAGGAGCUUUGUCCCAGCAGUGGUGGCCAUUGAUGCACAAUGCCGAGGGCACUCCGGGAUCCAUCGACUUGGGCUACAAGUAUGAUGAGCUGAUGAAUGCCUUGAAGUGUUCAUCAAAGACGAGCUGCCUCGAGAAGGGGCUGGCUGAUCUGGAGUCCGAGGACGUGAAGCAAAUCCUGGAAAAUCGCACGAGCAGCGAGAUGCAGCGAUUUGCAGAGCUCCAGUGCUCCUUUGCAGGAAACCGCGUGGACACGGAGGACGUAGAGAAGGGGAAGCUUCCUGUGUUCUCCGACAAGAUCUGGGUGGCUGCGCUGAAGGCACACGGUGCCACGAUGCAGCUGCUACCAUCUGCUACCACGCCUUGUCCCAGUGUCCUGCCUUUCGUGGUGGCUUUCUGCGCUUCCAGCCUGCGCUGCCUGGAAGAAUCGGAUGAUGCUGGCAAAGGAUAUUUCGCUUUGCCGGAGUUUGAGAACGCGAGGUCGCGAGUGGAGGCGAAGCUUGCCCCACUUCAAAACAUCACUCCGACUUCUGUUGACCAGCUGAGCUUAGCAGAAUACGACACCACCUUCCAGAAGCUGCCUGAAAGACAGCGGUUGGAGAAGUUUUGGACAGAUAUGGUGAACUCUCUUCACUCUGGACUGGCGCCUAAAGAUGAUGCGUUUCAGUGGAAGCUGCUGUGGAAAGCUGCUAACUUCACCAACAAGGUGGGCCUUCUCAAGUCUUGGCCUCAGAUUGCCGAGAGCCUCAGUGGACGCGGGGACAAGGUGGACUGGUUUGCUACGCGACACUACUGGGAGAUGGUGGCCUUCACUGCGUUCGCGAGGCAAGGUGUCAGCCAGGCACUGCCGCAAGCAUCGUCCGCGGAACAUGAGCGGACGCUGGCCCAGGUCACCCGAAACCUGCGAAGCAUCUGGGACACCAAGCUGUGCUCACCAGGUGCAAUGGGAGGUUUGAAAGAGGAACACUUGAAACGCCUAGGUGUCAUGGAUGAGGUCUCUAUCAUAUUCGCGCUAGCGGACAAGGAGGCGCUGGUGCGAAAGAUGUGGAGAAAGUGGAUGGUGCUACACAUUAAGCCGGUCGACCUCGAUCCUUUUGAAAGGCCGAAUCUGGACAAGUUCUCGUCACUACUCGGGGAGCAUACCUGCGACUGCAUGUGCUACGACCAGUGCGGCAAGCUGGAGGCAUCCUCCUACGUGACCUGCAAUCCCACGUCUCCAGGAGUCCCAGAGGAGACGAUCAAGACUGAAGCCCUAACUCUCUUUGCUCACGAAGUCGUAGUCGACAAGGUCCACAAAACCGGAGCGGUCUACAAAGAUGCAGAGUUGUCCAUCCAACGCCUACCAGGACUGGGAGGUUGCAGGUCCCAGCUCGUCCUCCGAUCAAUCUAUGGGGCCUAUGAAAACAUGGUUGGUCACAUCUCGAAGUGCGAGGUGCCGCAUUUCUUCAAUCAGAGCAAGAGCGCAGGCCACGACCUCAAGAUCAUUCUUUGGGGUGACGAAGACGCGGCGGAACCCUUGAGUUUUGAAGUUUACGAGAAAGCUAAUCGAGUAAAUCCUUUCCUCGAUUUUUCGGAUUCGGACUCCGAUUGGGAUUCCGACGACUCGUCCCACUCACUGUAUAUAUCGCCCAAUCCACCUGACGAGCACUGA